AUGAUGUCAAAUACCGAGAACGAGCAGCCUGGACCUAUGUACAUAAAUGUACAGGAGAGCCAUGGGGAAGCAUGUGACAAGGGUGUCAAAGAAGACCAUGGGAAUUUGCUUGAAUCUCCACAUAUUGUGAAGCUAAUGGACUCGGAUGUGUCUACAGCAGCGCUUUUAGGUCGCUUGAAAGAGUCUUUGUUAACAUGCGUGGAGUUUACAAAGUUUAUUAGGAAAAAAUACACGCUGGAAGAGAGCCAUGCGGUUGAAAUGGGGAAGAUGUAUAGGAGCUACUUCCAAAAGGCCGGUGAAAGUGGUUUACGUUCGGGAAUUCAUCGUGUGUUAGAGUAUGAUGGGAAGCUUGCGCAAGUGAAACUUUCGUAUGUCGCUGCGCUUCAGAAAAUACAUGAUGAACUUAGCGCUCUGCUGUCCUCCAUUACAAAGGUUCGUAAAGGGCUCAAGGAGCAGAGUAGGCGGCUGGAGAAGGAUGUUGCGGAUGCGAUACACAGUGCUGAGAAGGCUAAGACGCGAUACACGUCUCUAUGCCAGGAGCGGGAGAAAGUGAAACUGUCUGAUCCCACGAAAUCCAAAUUGACGUUACGGGGCUCGAAGACGGCCCGCGAGCAAGAAGAAGAUUUGCAACGCAAGAUAGAUAGUGCUGAUUUCGAUUAUAAACAGAAGGUUGACCAUUCCACAGCUCUCCGAGAGGCCUAUGUCCAGAAGGAGCGCCCUAAAAUAGUUGCCGAGUUAAGGGACUUAAUUUUAGAAAUGGACACCAGUGUUGCUAUUCAGCUACAAAAGUAUACUAUAUGGACGGAGAAUUUGAUUUUAAAUAGUGGUGUAACUGUGAUUCCAUUUGAAGGGAAGGGUCUCAGUAUGAGAGAGUAUGCGUCCUCUAUGAAUAACCAAGCGGACUUAGUUGAAUAUUUAACUAAGUACGGAAGGGGCGCGCUGUCUGUGAACAAAAACUUAAUUCCUGUCGACUAUAAGAAACACCCUUCGAUGGCAAAAACCCAAUCACCGGCAACUAAGCCGCCAACAUUCGCUGUUGAUCCACAGAACAAUUCUCUGCCUAAGCGAGUUGUUUCUACGUCUAAUGAAUCUCCUUUUGAUUCAAAAAAGACUAGUAGUGCCAGCUCCGUUAUUGGCCAGAAGAAAUUAAGUGUUUCUCAUAAUUCUUCAAAUCCCACUACGCCGGGAUCAGCGAGUAUAGAGAAGAAAACUCUGAUCGAAGUUGCAGAGAAAGCUGACAAUUUCAGCACUUUAGACCCUAGUCAAAAGACGCCGAGUGCAGGGGACGAUACUCUGACGAAUUCACUGGUGAAAUCACUGACUUCAGAUCGACCACCUUCGAGGAAUGAACUGCCUAGUUCGUUGCCCCCUGGUGUAACCAAAAACCUGAAAACUUUUGGUGUUCCAUUGGAACAGUUAUUAGAGUUCGAACAGGAUCUGGUACCCGCAAUUGUAAAACAAUGCAUAUAUGUUGUUGACAAAUAUGGUUUAACAUUAGAGGGUAUUUAUCGGAGAUCUGCAAAUGUGCUCGAAGUAAGCAAAUUAAAAGAGGAGAUUGACAAGGAUCCCUCGAAUAUCUCUAUGAUCUUACCCUCGAAAAACUAUGCUGAGUCGAACAUUUAUCUUGUAGGUUCUUUAUUGAAAACGUUCUUUUCCAAUUUACCAGAUCCUUUACUACCGAGGUCAAUGUCGUCAGAAAUUAAAACAUGUUUAUCCAUAGACAAUCCAGUUACUAGGAAGAAUUUCAUGCACGGAUUAAUUUAUAAAUUACCAGAUGGACAAUAUUGGACAUUGAGAGCUUUGAUGUUCCAUUUGAAGAGAGUCAUGGAGUGUGAAGAACAAAACAGGAUGAAUAUGAGGUCCCUAUGUAUAAUUUGGGGACCUACUUUAGUGCCGACAAAGGAAGAUGAUGAUACUGAUGUCAAUUUCCAAAUCAAUACCAUGGAGGUACUAUUCAACGUAGUUGAUCAGGCGUUUGAACCAGAAUGA